AUGUCUCUCUCAUACUUGCUAGAGGGAAUACAAUCUCCGAAUAGAGAAGAAAGAGAAAAUGCUGAAAGCAGUUUACUCGAACAUUGCGCCAAUAACCCACCCCAAACGUUUAUAGAAUUAAUUGAUAUCGCAUCUGAAAAACAUAAUGCGGUGAAUAUCCGCCAACUUUCACUACUCUGCUUGAGAAAGCUCAUAACGAUGCAUUGGUCUGCUGGUUUUCCAUCCUUCAUUGGACCGCCAGGUGUGGGUGAGGAGGGCAAGGACAUUAUUAGAAGCAGUUUAUUAAACCUUUUGGCCAACGCCAAUAAUGAAACUAAAAUCACAUCUACCGUGACAUAUUGCAUAGUGCAGAUUUGUGCUGUUGACUUUCCUGAUGAAUGGCCGGGACUCUUAGACUACUUGAACGAUAUUAUAUUGAACCAACAUUCCGAGAAUGCCAUUGUUUUGUUAACAGAGCUAGUGGAGGACGUUAUUACAAAUGAAAUGUUUUUUGACAAUGCUGUGGGUCGUAAAAUACUUGAUACAGUUUUAUUGUCAUUAAAAGAUCAGAAUAUGCAGGCGCAAACAAAAUCCAAAAUAUUGAAAUUGUAUCAGUUCUGUCUCUCUCAGUUAGACAAUAUAUCUAUCUUCCUUUCCCCAGAACAAAUCAACGAAUGGCUACAACAACAUUUACAAGAAGUUAACAAAUGUAUUAGUAAUUUGCUAUUACAGUACGAAUCUAAUGAUAGUUUGGAAGCCAUAGAACUCCAAGGUGAACUUUUCAAUACAUUAAACAAAAUGUUUGGCGUCAAUCAAAAAGUUUUGGGAUCUAAAGGUGAUUUUUCAUUUGGAUUAAGAAUGGUGUUGGCAGCUAUAGAAUGCAACAGUGACUAUUUUGUCAAAGCCUUAACGCAACCAAACGAAGCAAGAAUUGAUAUCCUCAAUACCAACUGCGUAUAUGCUAUUCAGUAUCUUGCCUCUAUUCCAGAGGAAUUGUUUACUGCUAUAAAUUAUCGUGGGCUUACGGAAUCUUUAAUUAAGCUAUGCUUACUUUCAGAAGACCACUUCGAAAUAUGCGAUUUCAAUGAUUAUGUUGCCAGUGAAACUGGGCUGACAUCCGCAUAUACAGCAAGGAAUGAAAUUGGGCAAUUUGUUUCAACUUGCGAUGAACUAACGUUCUCAGCAAUAAGUAAAUUUGCUUUAGAAAGAUGCCUACAAUGGACUUCAAAUGAUGCACGUAUUCAAGAAUCUUCCCUAUAUUUGUUUCAGGAACUUUGCUCUAAUGAAAUAUCGAUGAACAUUUCUAGAUAUCAAGAUUUUUUAUCACUGGCUGUUAUGAUUAUGGAUGACAGUUCUUGUCCAACGCUGGUGAAAUCCAGAGCUAUUUUAGCUACUCCAAGGUUCAUUGAGAAUAAUACGGAUAAUAUUCCUGCUGUAAAAGAGGUAGUCCAGCAGUUAUUGAUUAAAACGGUUAACUGUACUUCUUCUUCAGAUGACGAUAUACUACUAUCUUCAUUUGUGAUAUGUUUUACAUACUACAGUUCCUUUGCAGAACUUCAAACUGUCCUAGACAAACAAACGUCAUUGAUUCUUCAAGAUUCCUUAUUAAUCGCAAUAGAAUCAUUAUACCAAAGUUGCGAAGAGGAUUCUCUGGGCCUGCUAUUGGAAGCGAUGCAUGAUAUUGUCAAAUGUUGGAAUAUGUACCAAACUCUUGAGACCAGGGAGCGAAUUUUGAAUCUACUCUUACGAAUUUCUUCCAGCGAACCUUCAAACGUGAGAAUUGUACUAGAAGCAGUCCGUUCCAUUCCUCAUCUCUUGAAAGAUCUGAAAUCGGCAGAUUAUACCCGUCUCUGCCAAAAUUGCUUUCCUAGUUUUGUUGACACUCUUUCGACUUUCUUACAGAGCCAUCAAACCUACUCUCCCAUGGUCACAUUAACUUUGGAAUUCCUUUCAGCUUUUGUCAGGAAUCCACCUGUGGAGAGAGCUAUUCCUGAUGUUGUUGUUAAUUAUGUUUUAGCUCCUCUAGUACAAUUUAUCAAACAAUGCCCAGAUGAAAACAUUAUAGAGACAGCAUUGCAUGCAUUAGCACUACUAGCGUGUAAUUCAGAUGAAAGAUAUUGGAAGGAUAGUAUAAAUGAGAUUUGUUCCUUGGCUUUCAAUAAUGAAAGGUCUUUAUAUCGAAUUAUUGAUGUAACACCAAUAAUGUUGCUUUCGAUUCGAAUUGAUAAAUCACAACAGAAUAAAUUUAUCAAACCCAUAAUGGAACAAACAAUAGAGAAGUUAUCCGAUCACAAUAAAGUGCACCCUGUUGAUAGUUUCGUAAUCAUUCUUUGCGAAAUAUUAUGCAUAGAUCUACGGGGUAGUUUAGACUUUUUGUUUUCACCCGAGGUAAAUAUGCAUGAAUCGAUUGGGCAGUAUUGUAUUUUCGAGUUAUUGAAGUCAUUUGAAGAAACUCGUAGCAAAAAUAUGCUUAAAGAGUUGUCAAUUACACUCUCGAUGAUCUACUUUGAAAAUGAUCAAAGAGUAAUUGAAUUAUCCUUUCAAGAUGAUUCCAAUGAGGAGAGAAAGUCGUUUAAGAGCUACUUACUGAAAAUGUUUUCUGAUGAAUUAAUCAUUCAAUUACAGCUUGAGGAAUCGCAAGAAGAGGAAGAGGAUGCUGAUGAAGAUUAUGAAGAUGACUAUAUGGCUCAAGAAAAUGAUGAUCUGGUUCUGCUAACCGGACGGGAUAUGAGUAUGACACUAAUUGAUGUAUUAACUGCUUUUUUCAAAAAACUGCAUGAAACAAAUGACGAAUGCUUAAAGUCUAUGUUAAAUUCAUUAACGAAAGAGGAAGUUUCCUAUAUUUCUAAAGUAUUGUCGUAA